AUGCGGGGGGCGAGGCGGCUGGCGGCUCUGCUGUGCCCCCUCGCCCUGCUCGUCACCGCGUCGUGGGGACUCCGCUUCCACCCCGGACAAGAGACCUUGGUGAAGCAGCUCUCCUCUUAUGAAAUCGUCACACCUGUCCGAGUGAAUGAGUUUGGAGAAGUUUUCCCACACACGCAUCACUUCAGGAGGAAAAGGAGUUUGGAGGCACCGCUGGAGCCCGCUGCUUUCCGAACACAUUACCAGCUCAGAGCAUACGGGCAGGUCUUCCAGCUCAACCUGAGUGCUGAUGCAGGCUUCGUUGCUGCUCAGUACACGGUGGUGCACGUCGGGGCCCCGCAGAAGCAGUCGUCCCCUGACUUGCGCCACUGUUUCUACCGCGGGCAUGUCAAUGCCCAGGAGACGCACAUGGCUGUCUUCAGCAUCUGCGGUGGUUUGAUGGGCACCUUCAAGGCACAUGAUGGUGAAUACAUUUUAGAACCUCUGAUGAAAGCAGAUGGAGGUGAACACGAAGAUGAACAUAACAAACCACAUCUUAUAUACAGGCAUGGUGAACUUAAAAGAGAGUAUCAGAAAUCCCAUAAACCUUGUGAAGUUUCAGAGAAAGAGUUGAAGAAGAGCACUUUAUUACAUCCAACCUUCAGCAGUUUAAAUGAAGAGAGCAGCAUUUUACAGAGGUCUCUCAGUUUAGAGUAUGCUUUAAAUAACCUCUCCAAAGAGAAUGGUGGCAAUCCACAUUCCAGGAAAAAACGUUUUCUUUCCUAUCCAAGAUAUGUAGAAGUGAUGGUCACAGCUGACACCAAAAUGGUUCGUCACCAUGGGCAGAAUUUACAGCACUAUGUACUAACGUUGAUGUCAAUAGUUGCAGCAAUCUAUAAAGAUUCAACUAUUGGAAAUCUUAUAAAUAUAGUUAUUGUCAAAUUAAUUGUAAUUCACAAUGAACAGGAAGGACCAGCUAUCACUUUUAAUGCAGCUACCACUCUUCGUAAUUUUUGCUUAUGGCAGCAAACACAAAACACUUUGGAUGAUACUCACCCUUCUCAUCAUGAUACUGCUGUUCUCAUCACCAGGGAAGAUAUCUGCAGAGCUAGAGAGAAGUGUGAUACUCUUGGUUUAGCAGAGCUAGGUACAAUGUGCGACCCACUGCGCAGUUGUUCUGUAAGUGAAGAAAAUGGAUUGAGUGCUGCUUUUACUAUAGCACAUGAGCUUGGACAUGUGUUUAAUGUGCCUCAUGAUGACAGUUUCAAAUGUAAAGAAGCUGGAAUUAAACAUCAAUAUCAUGUGAUGGCUCCAACUUUAAAUUAUCAUACAAGUCCAUGGACCUGGUCAAAAUGCAGUCAAAAAUAUAUCACUGAAUUUCUUGAUACUGGUUAUGGUGAAUGCCUCCUAGACAAACCUAGUGGAGGAACAUAUGAUCUUUCCUCUCAGCUACCUGGGUCAGUAUAUGAUGUCAACAAGCAGUGUGAGCUUACGUUUGGUAUGGGGUCACAAGUAUGCCCUUACCUGAAACAAUGCAAGCGCUUAUGGUGCACUAGCACAGAAGGUGUUCACAAGGGUUGUCGUACUCAGCACAUGCCUUUGGCUGAUGGAACAGUUUGUGGUGUAGGAAUGCACUGCCGCCAUGGAAUUUGUGUGAGCAGGGAAAUGGAGCUGCGUCCUGUAGAUGGAGAAUGGGGACCAUGGGGACCGUAUAGCUCGUGUUCAAGAACUUGUGGAGGUGGAAUCAAGAGCACCACCAGGCUGUGUAAUCGACCAGAGCCAAGAAAUGGAGGAAAAUACUGUGUUGGUCGCAGGAUGAAAUUUCGGUCCUGUAAUACUGAUUCAUGUCCAAAAGGCAAAAAAGAUUUUCGGGAGCAACAGUGUUCUGAAUUUGAUGGCAAACACUUUAAUAUCAAUGGUCUUACCUCUGCUGUUCGCUGGCUUCCAAAAUACAGUGGUAUUUCUAUGAAAGAUCGCUGUAAACUUUUUUGCCGAGUUUCUGGAACAACUUCCUACUAUCAGCUGAAGGACAGAGUUGCUGAUGGUACUCCCUGUGGAGCAGAAACCAAUGACCUUUGUGUUCAAGGCUUAUGCAGGCAAGCAGGCUGUGAUCAUGUUUUGAAUUCGAAGGCAAGGAGAGACAAAUGUGGAAUCUGUGGUGGUGAUAAUUCUUCAUGUAAGACACUUGCAGGUACUUUCAACAGUGCUCAUUAUGGUUACAAUGUUGUAGUAAAUAUUCCCAAAGGAGCAACAAGCAUUGAUAUUCGACAGCACAGCUACUCAGGGAAACCAGAAGAUGACAACUACCUUGCUUUAUCGGAUACCCAUGGAAAUUUUAUCUUGAAUGGAAAUUUUGUCGUAAGCAUGUCAAAAAGAGAAAUCAAUAUACAAGGAUCCAUUUUUGAGUACAGUGGUUCAAACAAUACAAUAGAACGAAUUAACAGCACUGACAGAGUUGAAGAAGAACUAAUCCUACAGGUUUUGUGUGUAGGGAAUUUAUACAACCCUGAUGUGCAUUAUUCAUUCAAUAUCCCAAUAGAAGAUGGAAAAGAUCUGUUUACAUGGGAUCCUUAUGGACCCUGGCAAGACUGCAGCAGGAUAUGCCAAGGUAUUCGAAGGAGAAGAAUGACAUGUAUACGUAAAAGUGAUCACGUGGUAGUGUCUGAUCAAAGAUGUGAGCUUUUACCCACUGUACCAAGUGUCUUUGAGGAGUGUAAUACAGAGUGUGAAUUAAGGUGGCACAGUGUUGGCAAAAGUGACUGUACAUCAAAGUGUGGCCCAGGAUAUCGGUCUGUUGAGAUCCACUGCAUGAAGUAUUCUGUUGCAAGAGGACUCAGUGUUCCAGUGGAUGAUAAGUACUGUGCUGAUCAGCAGAAACCACCAGCCAGAGAGCCUUGCCAUGGUGACUGUAUGUUAAGAAGUUGGCACUACACAGAAUGGUCAGAGUGUUCCAGAAGCUGUGCAAGAGGUGUCAGAACCAGAGAAGCUUUUUGUAUGAACAACUUGGGUCGUCAUCUUCCUGACAGAGAAUGCCAGGAACUUACAAGAGUUGUAACACAGAGUUGCAAUGAAUUCUUAUGUCCAAGCUGGUCAGUUACUGACUGGAGUGAGUGUCCUGUGACGUGUGGCAAAGGAAUGAAACAUCGUCAAGUCUGGUGCCAGCUUAAUGAUGACCAACUGAGAGAUGAUUUCUGUAAUCCAAAUGACAGACCAGAGUCAGUAACACCGUGUGAACUUCAUGAAUGUGCAUCUUGGCAAGUAGGGCCUUGGGGAUCAUGUGCUGUAACAUGUGGACACGGGUACCAGGUGCGCACAGUCAAAUGCGUUACUGGGACGUACCGAGUUAUCCUGAACGAUGACAGGGAGUGCAAUGCUGCCACUCGUCCGAGAGACAGUCAGGAGUGUGAAUUGCCCUCUUGUCCAGAAAAUACAAAAUUAUGGACUACUUCACUUCCUCUAGUUCAUGUGGGGAAGGUGACCCAAUGGAGAUAUGGAUCAUGGACCCCAUGCUCUGCAUCCUGUGGGAAGGGCGAUCGUGCUCGCUAUGUGAGUUGUAGAGAUGCUCAUGGAGGAAUAGCAGAUGAAUCUUUGUGUGCUCAUUUACCACGACCAGCUGAAAUUUCAAGCUGCUUUAGCCCAUGUGGAUCAUGGAAAGUUGGAAAUUGGUCCCCUUGCACAGUUACGUGUGACAGUGGAAUAGUAACAAGACAAGUCAUCUGUGUCAACUAUCAUCAGCAAAUCAAUGAGAAUUACUGUGAUCCUGAAAGCCGACCUCCUAAUGAACAGGAAUGUAACAUGCCACCAUGUCCACCAGUUUAUCAUCAUGUUCCGAAAACACAUGACCAUCCAAGCCAUUCUCCAGAAAUAGGUUACCUCCCAAUACACCCUCCACAAGACAAUUUAAACCAGUGGAACCAUCCUUCUGUGGGAGGAUAUCAAUGGAGAACUGGACCAUGGGGAGCAUGCUCUAGUACUUGUGCAGGUGGAUUUCACCAUCGAGUUGUAGUAUGUCAAGAUGAAGAAGGAAGAAGUUCCAGUAACUGUGAUGAGGCAACAAAACCUUCAGAGUCAAGACACUGUGAUUCUGGACCCUGCCCACAGUGGAACUUUGGGAACUGGGGAGAAUGUACUCAGACUUGUGGAGAUGGAAUAAAGACAAGACUGGUGAUUUGUCAGCUUCCCACUGGCCAAAUGUUGGGUGAUCAAAACUGUGAAAUUUUAGACAAGCCACCUAACAUGGCACAGUGUAAUGUGCAUUCUUGCCCUGGUGAUGUUUCUUGGCAUCGGGGACCAUGGAAAUCGUGUUCUGUUUCCUGUGGAAAAGGUCUGAAGUUUCGUGAUGUGCAUUGUAUUAACAGCUUCCAAGCAAAAAUAGAAGAAGACAACUGCAAACAUUUGAAAAAACCACGAACAUACAAAAUAUGUAGAGCUGGAAGAUGUCCUUCAUGGAAGGCCAGCAGAUGGAAAGAGUGUUCUGUAUCCUGCGGAGUGGGGGUCCAGCAAAGGGACGUGUCGUGCCAGGUGGCCGGCCUGGGGCGGGUGAGUGACACCGUGUGUGGCCGCGACCCGCGCCCCGCUGGCACACGGCGCUGCCAGCUGCCCGCCUGCCGCCCCUACCACUGGCUGCCACAUGAGUGGGAAAAUUGCUCAGCAUCAUCUAGAAGAAGGGAAAUAUACCGGAAAGUUAAAUGUGUGAAUGAAAACCAGCUCCAAGUGGAUGAAAGUUUCUGUGAUCCUGCCACAAAGCCUCAAUCAUCUAAAACCUGCAGGUUAUCUCCCUCUAGAUAUGUUGUGCUCACAGGAGAACUGUCACAGUGCUCAGAAAGUUGUGGGUUUGGUUACCAGCAGAGGAUCACGUACUGUGUUGGGAUCCAUUCUGUUCAAAGUCGGCAUGUCCAUGGCCUUCGGACUGUAGCCUACCGAGAAUGCCCAGUGGAGCCAUCCCCGUACAUUUAUAAAUGUAAUGUCAAAGGAUGUUCACAAGCAGCUACGUGGGCAGUGGGGAAGUGGACCAAAUGUUCAGCAUCUUGUGGAGUGGGGAUAAAGCAGAGAACAGUAGAGUGUAUGACUGAAAAUGGCUUAUCUAGUGACUUGUGCCUGCCACAUUUAAAACCAGAUGCCAGAAAGAUCUGCCACGAGAAAGAAUGUGAAAUUCUUACCACCUGCAAAGAUAUGCAGAUUAAAAAGGGGAUUAGAAAGGAUGGUGAAUAUCUACUUAACAUUAAGGGAAGGAUGAUAAAGAUUUAUUGCUCAGGCAUGCAUUCAGAGAAUCCCAAAGAAUAUUUGACAUUGGUAAAAGGUCAAGCAGAAAACUUUUCUGAAGUAUAUGGAUACAGGUUGCAGAAUCCAUAUGAAUGUCCUUUCAAUGGAAGCAGAAGGCAAGACUGUGACUGUCAAAAUGAUUACCUUGCAGCUGGCUUCACGAUUUUUAGCAAAAUAAGAUUUGAUGUUGCUUCUAUGCAAAUUAAAACCACAGAUUUUCUUUUUGCUCAGACUAUACUUGGGAGAGCAGUACCAUUUGCUACAGCUGGAGAUUGCUACAGUGCAGCCAGAUGUCCACAGGGACAGUUCAGCAUUAACUUGGCUGGUACAGGUCUGAGAUUAUCCAGUACAGUGAGGUGGAUUGCUCAGGGCAACUAUGCGACUGCUGACAUACACAAAUCCCACGAUGGUACUAAAAUAUAUGGAAGAUGUGGAGGAUUUUGUGGAAAAUGUGUUCCUAACACAAUUAUUGGUCUCCAACUCCAAAUACAGUGAGAACUCUGAUGUACUAAGAGCCUCAAAGCAGGGAUAUUUGCCAUUUAGGUUCAAAUUGUAGGUGCUCUGUAUAUGUUUAUUUUAAUUUUUUCAUGUCUGUAGUGCUCAUUACCGUAACAUUCACUAAUAAGAAUUCCUGUUCUCUUCAGGAUUUACUCAAGAUUGUAUUAUCUGUUUGUGGGCUAGCAAGUGCAUAAAUCACAAUCAGAAACCUUCAGGUUUUAAAGGAAAAACA